AUGGCUGAAGUGAAGCUGCUUGCAACAUGGCCUAGUCCUUUCUAUUAUAGGGUCGUUUGGGCCCUGAAAUUGAAAGGAAUAGCAUAUGAAUUCAUAGAAGAAGAUCUAACCAAUAAAAGUCCCCUGCUUCUCCUGUAUAAUCCAGUUCACAAGAAAAUACCAGUACUCAUUCAUGGUGGAAAGCCAAUUUGUGAGUCUAUGGUUAUUCUUGAAUAUAUCGAAGAGGUUUGGCCACAAAAUUCCUUGCUGCCAACUGAUCCAUAUGAUAAAGCCAUUGCUCGUUUUUGGAUUAAAUUUGCCGAAGACAAGAGCCCAGCAAUCUGGAUGGUUUUCUGGACCAACGGUGAAGAACAAGAGCAGGCGGUUAAGGACAGCUUGGAAAUGCUAAAAACCAUUGAAGAACAUGCCUUUGGAGGGAAGAAAUUUUUUGGGGGAGACCAGAUUGACAUGGUGGAUUUAGCUUUUGGUCAACUUGCCCAAUGGUUACAAGUCAUUGAAGAUGUAACAGGGUUGAAGCUACUUGAAGCUAGUAAGUUCCCUCGUUUGCAAACAUGGAUCAAAAACUUCAAACAAGUUCCUACAAUCAAAGAAAACCUUCCCGAUUAUGAUCAGAUGUUUGAUUUCUUCACGGUUCGCAGGGAGAUGCUACUUGCAUCAAAAUGA